UAGAACACUUUUCCCCUUUUUGCUACACUGAACAAACACUGAACAGAAGAAACAUGACAUUUUUCAUAUGAGAUUUAUCUGUCUGCUAACAAAAUAAAUGUCCAAAUCCCACAUCCAUAGUUCACAUUUGCCACAAUUACAGUGAGAAGACAGGGAGCACAACUAUUCCCAUUUUGGGCACAGACACUGCUGUUUGUUUAUUGUGUUUAUUUAGAGUCCCACAGACACCCUCCACCAGAUCCAAACUAUUUCCCACGAGUGGGCCAAAAGAGAACAUUGCAUUAUAACAAACUCCGGGCCUGGAAUUCAUCAUGGGGGGCAUUUGUUUACCUUUACAAAGAUUAUUUAUUCUUUUAUGUCAAAUACUUUAAACAAGUAAUUCAAUUUUAAAAUGGAAUGUUUCAAUAAUUACAUAUAAAUAAAAAAAAACUUCUCUCUUUCACAUAGAUCCAGAUAUUUUGGCUAUUAAAUUAACAGCCAACAAAAUAAAUGCACACAGAAGAGGAGAUGACAGCAUUUCUCCAGAUUUGGAAUGAGGAGCUUAUACAAAACUUAGCAACUCCUUCAAGCCAAUUUAAUAAAACCAUGAAUAUUAGUCAGAGAUAUGAUUUAAACACCAAAAUAACUACAUUGUAACAUUUGCGAACUGAUGCGGAGCAUGAGAAAUGGAGUGCCCCAAUGAAGCACGGGCAUCCGCCACUGGCUCGGCAUCAUCAGCACAAAAGACCCCACAAAACUAGUAAUGUUCAGCGAAAAUGGGAGGAGGCCACGGGGCAAAGGGAACGGAGUUCUGGGCUGCAGCCACUGGACAGGGUUCAGGAGGGAGCGGCUCAGAGGGUGGAGCCAUGGAAGACUCGGGGAGCGAAGCCGUGGAAGGCUCGGGCACUGGCCAUGACAGGGGAACAGUCUCAAUGGCAGUGAGCACAGACAGUGAUGAGGGAAAGACCUCCACGAUCAUGGGCACUGGCAUUGAUGGGGGAACAGCCUUUGUGGAUGUGAGUACAGGAGGGGACAGGGGAAUGACCUCUGUGGUCAUGGACAUAGGUUGUUCCCCUGUACUCCCUUGCCAGUGAACACUGGCAGCGACUGAUGAACGACCUCCUUGGUCAUGAGCACGGGCAGUGCCUGGGGAGAAGGAGCCCUUCUUCGCUUUCGCUUCCAAACGGCCGUGAGCAUAGUUAUGACAGGGAACUUUGGCUUGGCGGCCAUGACGGGGAACUCUGGCUUGGCGGACUCGGACAAUGGCGAAAUCAGGGCAUCAGAGGGCUCGGAUGUGACAGUUAAUGUAGGAGAGGGAAAUCUUUGGAUCAGAACAUACUACAGACAUGACAGUUGGCUUAUUUCACUUGGGUGUGUUUGGUGUUGAUACAGGUGAAAUGAAGAUAGUGUCAGUGAUGGAGGGAGAUUCUGUCACUUUACACACUAAUCUUACUGAAAUACUGGGAAACGAUCAGAUAGUGUGGGCAUUCAGUGUUAAAAGUUCAGACACUCGUGUAGCUGAAAUCUAUAAGCAGGACAUUGAAAUAUAUGAUAGUAAUAAGACAUUUGGAGACAGACUGCAGCUGGACAGACAGACUGGAUCUCUCACCAUCAGAAACAUCCAAAUCACAAACUCUGGACUUUAUAAACUAACAGUCUUCAGCAAAAGAGGGAUCGCAUACAGAAGUUUCAGUGUUACUGUCUAUGCUCGUCUGCCGAUUCCCGUCAUCAUCAGAGACUCUUCUCAAUGUUCUUCAAGCUCUGAAUGUGUGUUGGUGUGUUCAGUGGUGAAUGUGACACACGUGACUCUCUCCUGGUACAAAGGAAACAGUUUAUUGUCCUCCAUCAGUGUGUCUGAUCUCAACAGCAGUCUCUCUCUACCUCUGGAGGUGGAAUAUCAGGAGAACAACAUCUACAGUUGUGUAGUGUCCAAUUCAUUCACCAACCUGACCAAACAUCUCAACAUUACUGAAGUCUGUCAGACGUGUCCAGAACGCCAUUCACUGGGGAUAUUUGUUGCUCUAGUGAUACUGAUCGUAGCUGCAGCUGUAGGUGGGAUUCACUUUUACCGCAAGAAAAAACCAAGACCGCUGGGUGUGUUGGGUGUUGAUGAAGAAGAAGAAAGGGACAGAGUGUCAGUGAUGGAGGGAGAGUCUCUUCAACUACCCUCUGAUGUUACUCAAAUAAAGAGAAAAGAUCACAUAAUAUGGUGGUUUGCAAACCAAAACACUCUGAACAACAAGAUCCUACUGGCUGAAAUAAAUGCUGCUGUUGUUAAUCAAAUUCAUCAUGAUGAGCCAUUUCGAGACAGAUUGCAGUUGGAUUACAAGACUGGAUCUCUUCUAAUCAAGAACAUCAGCAUCAAAAACUCUGGAGUUUAUCUACUACAGAUUGUCUGUCCCGUCAGCAAAGUGAAGUCAACAGAAUAUCAUGUCACUGUUUAUGCUCGUCUCCCCAUUCCCGUCAUCAUCAGAGACUCUUCUCAAUGUUCUUCAAGCUCUAAAUGUGUGUUGGUGUGUUCAGUGGUGAAUGUGACACACGUGACUCUCUCCUGGUACAAAGGAAACAGUUUAUUGUCCUCCAUCAGUGUGUCUGAUCUCAACAGCAGUCUCUCUCUACCUCUGGAGGUGGAAUAUCAGGAGAACAACAUCUACAGUUGUGUAGUGUCCAAUUCAUUCACCAACCUGACCAAACAUCUCAACAUUACUGAAGUCUGUCAGCCGUGUGAAAAUCCAAGACCACUUUUAUAUCUUUUAGCACUGAUCCCAGCUGUUCUGGCAGCCAUAGGUGGGAUAUGUUUAUACCUGAUUUAUGGAAAGCAAAGAAAAGUGGGAAGCUGUUGCAGAACAUCAACCAGUAGUUCACUGUCUAGUAUAGUGUCUUCGUUACCUUAGGGUUAGGGUCAGCUGGAUCAUAAUAACAUAAUUGCAACUGCUGGCAAUGCCAAGUUAUCUUGUCUAAACUGGUCUCUCUUGGUAAAGAUCAAAUUAUAUUUAGAAAUCAGUGUUUAGGUCACCAUAUUGUUUCACUCUUUCAGUGUCAUGUGUAUUUCAGCAGUUAAUAUCCAUAUAUUCACAGAGACUCAAAUAUUACACUUGAUGACAGCAAUGCCCAAGUUCAACUGUCUAUAUUGUCUCUAUUAUUGAACAACUGUAUCUUUUAAACCUGUUGUAAAUGGCCUACUACAUUUAUUUGCAGCACUGAAUAAAACUGUUACACAAUGAGUAGGAAGAUUAGCCUUGUCAAUAUUUCUGAUGGAUUUACUGUUUGUAAUUAGGCAACAGAAAAGGUGGAUGUGUAGGUGGAUUUUCCCUUGGGUGAUUGUUGUAGUUGUAUAGUCAACUUUCACUCUGACAUACAGUAAUUACCAGAUUGUUAAUAAAACCAUCCU